AGAUGGCGACCAACGUGAUCUCAGACGAUGAACUUCGUAAACAAUUACAGAGUCUGGGAGAGAAUCCAGGGCCUGUUACUCCAAGCACACGACCGUUACUUCUUCGUAAACUAAGAAAAUUGGAGAAAGAAGGCACAAGACGUGCUAAAGAGACAAAAAAAGAUUCGAGACGCAAAAGUGCACCACCAUCUAGCCAUGCAUCUAGCCAGACGAAAAGGCAAAGUCCUUCGAGAAAGCUUCUUGGCUUCUCGAGUGACGAAGAAGACAACCAGUCCAAUUCUAGGUCAAGAAGAAGAGCGUCUAGUGGCAGAGGAGCUCGCAUAAAGGAAGAAUUUGAGGAAUCAAAAGACGAUGUGGAUGGAAAUAGAGACGAUUUCGAAAAACCUCGAGACAGAUCAAAAUCGGGUGAAAACCAACGUGGAAGGUCAACCGUCCAUGGCUUCAACGAUUCACCGACUAUACGCGAUGAAUUUUCUGAUUCAGAUAGUACAACAUAUACAGGACCUUUUCAGAGAGGAUCGUUUCGUUUUCGCUCUUUCAGACGGAAGAAGGACAGCCCCGAAAGUGCAAAUUCGAAUCGGCAAAUUGUGAAAGAUAAAGUUAACUUUGGGGACGAAAUGCCAUCAGACCACAAUGCCACCGAUCGAGACAGCACAGAUGGCGCUUACAGUCCCAGAUCAGAGGGAAACUCGUUGUCAUCAUUCAUAAACAUUGUGGCUUUGUUUGUUGUUAUAAUUUGUAUGGUUCUUCUGGGAGUUUACUACCUAAAUGAUUUUCAUUUAAACAAUUAUGGAAUAACAUCUAGUAGUGGUCCUCUAUCUGUUUGUAGUAACAGCAUCAGGAGUAAUUGUGUUCAUCAGAAAGAUCUCAACUUAAAAUAUGUACAUUUUCUAAUUGGUUUAUUGUCAAAGAAAGCAGGUCAGUUUGACUGUCAAGAUGAUUCAGUAACAAGUAGAAAUGUUUCCAAAGACGAACUAAUUAAACAACUUGAUUCGCAGAUAGCACAAGAUUUUCCUGAUUUGAGUGUCAAGAGAAAAAGCCAAAUCCAAAUAGAUGUGAUAGAAUUUUUAAACAACAAAACAAUCAACGAAACGGGAGUAAGAAUAUAUGACGAAGAGAWGAACCUYCUAGGUGACAAUACUUCUAGUGCAUACUGGUAUGAAUCUAUUAAGCCAAAYAAGUCACUGGUGUGUCGCAUACAACAAUCGUGCUCUAAAGUAAUGACUGGAACAAUUAUAUUAGCAUUUGUGUUUUUAAUUCUUGUUGGGGUUUAUUAUGGYGUUCGUAAUCACUGGAGAAAAGAAGAAGAAGAUACUCGUAUGAUGUACAAGUUUGUUGAAAAUAUCAUUGAUAUUUUGCGUAAACAUCACGAUGCAUGUAAAACAGAUAAAGACUUGCCUCCAUAUUUACCAAUCCCUCAUGUAAGGGACAUGCUAAUCAAGCCAGCUGAAAGAAAAGCCAAGGCUAAUGUUUGGAGUCGUGCAGUGCGAUUCCUKAGUGCCAAUGAAUCACGUAUUAGAGUUGAAAGUCAAAGAAUAGCUGGUGAAGACUUUGAGGUUUGGAGAUGGAUUCACAUCAUGUCRCCUAAACAUCACAGUCAUAAAGUAUCUCUACAAGACACUAAAAGACCAAAGUGUUGGCAAGGACAAGCCUUUGAAAACUUCCAGUGGGCUGUAAACCCUCCUGUAGUCAGCCCAACACCAUGCUUGAAGAUAAGAAACAUGUUUGAUCCUGAUGUGGAGCUAGAGGACCGUUGGCAUGUAAUUAUUCAAGAUGCUAUCUUGGAAAAAUGUAUUGAUGCUGGAGCAAAUAUUGUGCAUAUUGCUGUGGACAAGAGUUCAAGCGAGGGUUGUGUUUAUGUCAAAUGCAAUUCUAAAGACUCGGCUGGUGUUGCAUUCAAAAGUCUCCAUGGUUCUUGGUUUGAUGGUCGUUUAGUUGCUGUAAAGUACCUCACUCUGCGUCGAUACCAUCAAAGGUUCCCUAAGGCACUAACUGCUACAGGGUCUCUGAAGCUCUCUGGGACAAGCCCAUCAUCAUUAGUGACCUUAGAUCCUGAAGAGGACAUAGAUGCGAAUGACUCUGAAACAGAAGUGUGAAUGACCGCCUGGAGUCAACACAUGACAGAAUCUUAUCAUCGUUCGUAUUUAUAACGUUAUURAGGGAGUGGGACAUAUGAAAGAGUACGGAGCCCCUCCUUUUUAGGGGCUAAAAUCAGUGUUUUGGUCUCGCUYAGAGUGUAAAUGAACGGCUAAAUGAAUGAUUCCUCGGUUUAGAGUUAAAAUCAUCAACAAUGCUUUUCACUGUCAGAAAUUUAUAUCAUCAAAUUAGGCGUUUGAUGUUAGAAUUGAUUUACAAAAAAUUGAAGCCGAACCGAUUAGUUGAAAUUGAGGGAAGACACUGCUGCCACACCCACUACCAAAAAACUCGGUUCCCUUUCAGCUGUAAAUUUAACAUUCCUGUCCUCUUUCUUAUGGAACUUUCCACCUCCCUCCCCCGGGAUGUGUUCGUAUUCUCAUCACUUCACCAUGAUUGUGUUGAUAUACCAGGCCACAGUAAUAUCAAGUGAAUAUUGAUUGGACUGGACAUUAAGUUAAUGUACACUUUCAUUGGAAAUCUUGUUCCAAAUACUGAUAUGGUUAUUUUAAGUGCAUAAAAUGGAACUUUAGUAACGAAAAAUUUCAAAAUUUUCUAUAAAAUCCUCAGUUUUUUUCUCG